AUGAGAAGUAUUGAUGAUUUUGCAGACACAUUUGAUGACGAGCUGAUAGCUAAACUAGAUGACAAUAACAUCCUUGGACGUCUGCAUUUCAGCACCGUCGAUGGUCUGGACAGUUCGGGAAAAAUUGAGAAGCUUUAUUUCUUUGGAGCACGAGGGUUUUCCAUCUUCAGGGCCUCCAACAUGACACUCGUCUACGACAGUGGCGACGAGGUGGAGAAGAUGAUAGCCAAGUUCUACCCUGACGUCUUCAACACGAACACGAAACCAGAUGAUGCCGACGAAGACAAACCAAUUGAUUUUUUUGACAAGCGCUCCGAUAAUCUGGGUCCCGAAUGUGAAUCGGUGGAGAUCGGUGAACUCGGUGGACGUCGUAUACUUUUCGUCGGCGUGGAUCGUACAGCAGCGAUCCUCAUCUACUCUCUCGAAUCCGGUGAGGUCGUACCGACAUUUGAAAGCGUGUAUCGUGCGGGUGGUCGUGAUGAUACGUUCCAAAACCUUCUUGACAAUCGCAACCUGGGCGACCUCGAUCCUGAAGAUCUCAAGUUUAUUCCUGUAUCUGAGAGCGUAACAGGAGUGCCUAUGUUGAUGGUUACGAGUACAGUAAGCGGAACUAUUUCCCUCUACGAGGUUUAUAAUGACUCGUCCACCAUGUCCACGACAGAACCACCAAACCCAACCAUGACAACAGGCAACGGCAUCAUUCUGAUUUCCUCCAAAGUUCUGUAUUUUCUCUCUAUAAUCUUUGGUUUUCUGAUUCUCCAAUGGUAGGUUUAUAUUGAAUAGCUGUGUUAUACCCUGGCUGGAAAAGUAGUAACGUUAUAUCUUUUUAUUUAAAAACAGUGUUGUUUGUUGUCGGUAUGAUUUUGAUUUUUUUAAACUCUCAACAUCAGAAAUAAGACAUGGGCCCCGUCUUACAAAGAGUUGCGAUUGAUCCAAUCAAUCUAAUCCAAUUGAUUCAACCGAUUGCAACUAUGGAAAGUAAGCAACGCCAACAUCGAAAAAUUACAUGUUUGUUCAAAAUAUUUUCUAGAAAUGAUGUAUAUUCAAUACAUUCACUGUUUUCUUGACGAUUCAGUAUUCUUCUCUUUGUUUUCAAAGGACAUAGAACAAAUUUCCUAAAGAAAAAUUAUGACAUUGAUGUAUUUCCGUAUACUUGUGAUUGAUCGGAUCAAUCGUAACUCUUUGUAAGACGGGGCCCUGAUAGGCGUUUCAUGAAGCUAUUCCUAACGACUGGUUACCCUUUCCUAGGCGUUAAAUCCACACCAAUGAAAUUUUGUGCGCAUAAAUUACCUCAAGAAAGGAUCACCAGUCAUUCGUAAUAUCGCUCGAUUAGUGACAGAUCCUUAUUUUAAAUACACAAAUAUAGCUGAUCUAGAAUCUACUUGCGUCUUGCAAUAUGAAAGAGUCUUAACAUUUUCUUGAUUUGCAUGACUUUCCAAGAUUUUAGGAACACCUCUUAGAGGCAGCCAGAGCCUUAUAUGUUGGGACUAAUGUUUUCCAUUAAUGUAGUCGAAAUUUCCUACAUGAAUAACCUCCCAUUGUAAAAGUGUACUAAUUUACUCUAGGCACCAAUUUUCAUCCUCUUUUAAGCUUACACCAAAUUUUUUUCCUUGAACUAUCUCUAUCCUAAUGCUUGGUACCAGUGCUCUCAUAUUUAGUCUUUUUUAAUACUUAUACUUUUGCAUUUAUCUCGAGUAAUUGAUCAUAUUAUUUUCUGAUAUUUUGCUACAUGUUCAUAUAAUGUAUGUUCAUUGAUUUUUUUGUUACAUCUUUUGUUUAAACCUGCAUGAAAAUAAUGAAUGCCAUAACAAUUCCCUUUCAAACUCUCAAAAUUAAACAUAAUGAGGUUAUAAACUAGUACGGUGCGUAUAUGUAAAUAAUCCAAUAGCUGCUAUAUUUAAGUGUUUUUUUUAUAAAGAGUAUACAAACAUUACUUUAUACUUAAUUUCUAUGAAUUUUAAUCCCUGUACGUUUUGAAAGAAAUAAAGAAUAUAUAUUUAAAAGAA